GUUAGAUAAGACAAUGCACUUUGAUAAAAAUUUGAUCCUACCCGCCUGUAUGUAACCUAGAAUGAUUUUAUUACUCCUGAUUCACGCGUCACCAGUGGAUGUUUGUGGUACAGUGCUUUUGUUAUCUCUGGGGCGUUGGUGCUUGCUCUCAUCAAAUUUCGAGGAAAGGAACACAACCGAUCGUUCAAAUGCUGUCCAGAAGGAUUUUCACUAUUACCCGGGGUAAGAGAAUGAGAUUUGCCUCUACGUCCGCAGAAUGUGAACUGACGUCGGUCAGGUACAAGAUAGAACGUGGGCCUUACGCAGAAAUAGCAAAUCAUCAUGUGGAUUACUUCCGGGGACUCCUGGGGAAUCGAAUCCUUACCGAUCCAGAGGAGUGCAAUGGAUAUAACAUCGAUUGGAUUAAAACGGUUAGAGGAAACAGCCGUUUAGUUCUGAAACCAAAGAGCUCCGAGGAAAUUUCUGAAAUCCUCGGAUACUGCAAUGCCAAUGAACUCGCAGUUUGUCCACAGAGCGGUAAUACCGGUCUCGUAGGUGGAAGUGUUCCCGUCUUCGACGAGAUCGUUAUUUCCAUGAAGUCGAUGAAUAAGAUUAUAUCGACGAAUGAGCUAUCAGGUGUGAUAACCUGCGAGGCCGGUUGUGUCCUGGAGGACCUGGACAACCACCUGGAGGACUAUGGCCUGAUGAUGCCGAUAGACCUAGGUGCCAAAGGUAGUUGUCUCAUCGGUGGAAACAUCGCGACAAAUGCUGGUGGAACUCGAUUACUUCGAUACGGAAAUCUGCACAAUGCUGUACUAGGACUGGAAGCAGUCACAGCUGAUGGAACAAUCAUCGACUGCAUGAACACCCUGAAGAAGGACAACACCGGUUAUCACCUGAAGAAUUUAUUCAUCGGAUCAGAAGGAACUCUAGGUGUCAUAACCAAAGUGGCGAUUCAGUGUCCAACACGUCCGAAGGCUGUGAACCUCGCGUUUUUGGGUCUCGACGAUUUCGGGAAUGUUCUGAAGACUUACAGCCUCGCCAAGGAGGAACUUGGUGAAGUUCUGUCAGCCUGCGAGAUGAUGGAUGAUCAAGCCAUGGGAAUUAGUGUCGAUAUGAUGGGAUUGAGGAAUCCUUUGGGGUCUAGAAAUAAAUUUUAUAUGUUGAUCGAGACUUCUGGCAGCAAUAAGACUCAUGAUGAAGAAAAACUCAGUUCGUUUAUUGAGAAAGCCAUGAACAAACAAUUCGUUCUGGAUGGCACACUGACCGGUGAUCCCACGAAGAUGCAGCACAUAUGGGCGGUGAGGGAGCGGUUGGGAGAGGGAUGCCUCCUGGACGGAUACUGCUUUAAAUAUGAUGUAUCUCUACCCCUUCCGCACUUCUACAAUCUCAUAAAUGCGUUGGAGAAGCGAUUGGACAUGUCACGAGUAGUUAGAAUCUCAGGAUUUGGACACUUGGGUGAUGGUAAUCUCCACGUGGUAGUGGCAACCCCUAAUUACGAUCCAACCAUCGAAGCAUUACUGGAGCCAUUCCUCUUUCAAUACGUGUCGGAGCAAAAAGGUAGUGUCAGUGCUGAGCAUGGAAUUGGAUUCAAGAAGACAAAGUAUUUGUCCUACAGCAAGCAUCAGUCUGCCAUUGAUCUCAUGCGUCAGAUUAAAAAAGCUAUGGAUCCAAAUAGUAUCCUGAAUCCGUACAAAUUACUGCCUAAUUAAAAGGAAUUGUCCUUUCCUGAUUAAUGAAUCCUCAGCUCAAUACUCUAACAAUACUCUAAUGAUGAUCUAACAAUAAUAUCUCCUGGUGAUGUUUUAUAUUUUUUAAGGGCUGACAAAUUUCGUAGAAUGCUAAAUCGUUUGUUUGGGUUUGUGAUGUGUUUUAUUGUUGUUUUGAUUAAUUGAAAUAAUGGGAUCAAGCCGAUGGUCCCCCCCCCCCCACUGGAAAGCCUCGUCAGGUAGACUUCAAUUGUAACCACGGUUGCUGGAGGAUAGGAGUGUUGCGUAAUCGAUAAAACGUGUACCCCUCGCACUGUAUUUGUGUCGAUGUAUAUGUGAGUCCCUUUCACCCCUCCACCACCUCUUCCCCACAUUUUGUAUUGCCUCCCCUUCACUUCUUCUUUCCCCUUGCGGUUAUUUUUCAUGUACAAAAGCUGUUUUCGAAAAAUAACACACUUCACAUGUUAUGUCAUAAACCCCGAAAAUAUCAAUUAAUAUUUCGCUCAUUAUGUUUUGCAUUACGAGUUCAUUAAGGAGCAGCUAAAAUUGAAGGCGAAGUUAUCAAUUUGCCUCGUGGAUAAAUUAUUUCUGGGAAUUAUAGAAUUAAUAUGGAAUGUAGAAGUUUAAUUACGUGUUAAUUAACAUAAAAUUUUGACCUGUAAGUGUAAUUGUUAUUGAAAAUAAAAUUGGAUGUUAUAUUC